AAAACCACAAAACCCCAGCCCCCAGCCCUCCACCCCAGCCGCCAGCGCCCAGCACAAAAUCCUCCCCCCCCCUCUCCAGAAAAAAGAACAGAACAUUCAAUGUCUAUGGGGAUACAAAGUACAUGAUGAUGACAGAGGAAGAUGAAAAAGGCAAAGAAAUUGAAAAGAUUCAUGUUGAUGGUACUAACAAGUUUGUCACUGAAGACAACAUAUUCUCAGAAGAUGAAAUUACCAAUUUUCAGCAGCAUAUAUUGGAGAUAAUUGGAAGUACUCAGAUGGCUGGAAGGCGUUUUACUCAAAAUGGAUCAAGCAGUACUCAGAUAUACGCACAAAUGACACUGCCAUAUGUUUCAAACCAGGGUGGAUACAUGGAUCUGAUGAUGGAACAGAUACGUAACUCGCAAGGAGAAUCAGUGAGUGAACUAGGCAAUGAAAUGCAAAGUGCCCUAUGCACACAAAAUGAAACCAUGAACAAAAACCUACUAGUGGCCCCAUGUGAGACAUACACACAGAUGAUUCUUGAGGAGGACUCAACGCUUGCAAAUGCAGACAUAUCCAAGUUUGGAUACAUGGAUCUGAUGAUGGAACUGAUAUAUAACUCGCAAGGAGAAUCAGUGAGUGAAGUAGGCAAUGAAAUGCAAAGUGGCCUAUGCACACAAAAUGAAACAAUGAACAACAACCUAAUAGGAGCACCAUGUGAGACAUACACACAGAUGAUUCUUGAGGAGGACUCCCCGCUUGCAAAUGCAUACAUAUCCAAGGAGACAUUUGGGGAAUGCAAUGAAGCUGAUACAUCUAAAUAUGGGGAAGCAGUAUACAACAGGGAUCUCUUUGAGAUAAUGCAUGUACAACAACUAACUGAAUGUGCACAAAAUGAUGAUGGAAAAGAAACUAAAACAUCGAGUGCUAGUGCAAACUUUGAUGAUGCAGAAGCUGAAACAACAAAUACAGGAGAUGAAGAGUUAACAGAGGAUCAGAUUGAUGCCUUCAUUAUGAGUGAGCAGAUAGCUGCAACAGAAGGGAACAAUGCAUCAAUAGACAGCAAAUACACACCUCAAGUUGGGAUGGAAUUUAAGACCAGGGGAGAUGCAGAGCACUUCUUAUUCUUCUAUGGUUUUUUGGCUGGUUUUAAACCAGCAAUCACCCACACCUUCAGGACUUCCAACAAAAAAAGAAGCAAUGAAGUAACAAAGGUGGAGCUGAAAUGUAACAAACAUGGCAAAACAAAAAAGACAUACCAGCAGGAACAAGAUAUUUGCAUAGAAAAAAGCGCUGCGAGAAAGGCCCAAAAAGGAAUACAAAUGUCCAAGUUAAAACAGAUUGCAGAGUAUUCAUGGUUAUAAAGGAACAUGGACAAAAAUGGGUGAUCGAUAAGUUAGACUUGGAACACAAUCCUGAGCUCAGACCAGCAGACAACAACAACAUGUUUAGUGGGCAUAAGUACAUGACAGAUAUGGAAAAAGGAAUUAUAAGAACAUUGAACCACAGCAACAUACCUACACGGAAGAUGAUAGCUAUAUUGUCUUAUCUGAGAGGAGGUAUGAUAGCAUUGCCGUACAAAAAAAAGAUGUUAGCAACUACAGAACUAAAAUAAACAAGGAAGUAACAGGGAAUGAUAUGACACAAGCACUGCAGUUUUUUCAGGAAAAACAGAAGGAAGAUCCAAAUUUCUUCUACAGAAUUGUCAUUGAUGAAGAUAAAAAGGUGAAGCACAUGUUUUGGGCAGAUGGGACAUCUUUGAAAUACUACGAGAUGUAUGGAGAUUGCAUCAGUUUCGACACCACAUACAUGACUAACAAGUACAACAUGCCAUUUGCUCCAUUUGUGGGUGUUACAGGGCAUGCACAUACAUGCUUGUUCGCAUGUGCAUUCAUUUCUGAUGAAACAAUAGAAACAUUCAAGUGGAUAUUCAAGACAUUCCUUGAGGCCA